AUGAAGUACCAGACUAAGCAUUUGUAUCCCCUCCCCCAGCUGGCACCAAACAGUCUAUUCCAAAAGAUCGACUUGAUCAUAACGGAUUCUUCAUGCGCCUUGGAUAUCAAUACUAGAAUAGAUUCCCAAUCAGGAAGGUCGAGAGAUCGAAAUCUGGGAAGAAAGCAGACACAAAAGUUGCAUCUCACUAAUCUGCAGCAUAGCACUUCAAAAUCAAAAAAGGAACCCUGCCAUACACGAAAGCAUGUCCCAUGGACUCCAGCCAGAACUUACAGAGAUGGUUACGACCCAGUUGGUUUCUUGUUCGUGUUUCUGCUUGUCCGCAUCCUUGUGGAAUUGUUGCUGAUGAAACUGUAUGUACUGCGUUUAUUUUACUUUUAG